GCAGCUCCGCCCCGCGCUCGAGGACAGACAGCGGAGGGAGAGACGGAGACCAGUGCUGAGAGAGAGACAGUGCGCUGUGGAGGCAGGACAGCUCGUCUUUUGGAAGAAAGGACAGGAAACGUAAUUUCACACUUGUGAGAGCGACUGUCUGAGGAGCAGCAAGUUGUGAACGUAGAAACGACAUUUAAAGCGCCAACUUUGCGCGUGAUGCGGCGUGCGUGGGUUCGGCACCGCGUCUGUGAGCGCACCACGAGCCCGCAACCGAGAUAACUUCCACACGGCAGUUUGACACGGAAGUGCAGGCUGCUUUUUCCUCUCAUUGACUGGUGAUUAAGAAGACCGACUCGCUUCAGGUGGCUUCGGAGAGAGGAGACGCACGGACCGCGCGCAUGUGUGGAGUACCAGCAGGAUUUUAGAGCGCGCGCGUUCACCUGAAUGGAUGGUAACUAUCCGGGCACUUUUUACGAGUCUGAGAAAAGUUUUUGAAAGCCACUGUAAGGAAGAAUGGAUGUGAAAAGCAAGCGGUAUGGUAGUUUGACACGCGGCGGUUCUCUUUCUCCGAUCGUCAUGGAAACAUCUCAAGCUGUGGAGGUCGAGAUGCUGGAUGGAUCCUCCGUGAGAAGUUCAUGCGCUGAGCUUUGACUUUACUUUUUAUUCCUUCGAAGAAGAAUGUGAUGCAUGUGAACAAGACUCACACAUGAUCGUUCUUCUUAAACGCAUUUGUUAUUAACUGAGCUUAUACUUUCUGCCUGUUUGCGUUGACAUUAUGGACAAGUACUCUAUUGCUUAUCAGAUGGAGUUGACACUUUUCAUGGUCGUCCUCCUGUUUUGGGUCACCGUGUGUGCGGAUGACAGUAAGAUCAUUUCAGACCGGUAUGCUGUGUAUUGGAACAGCACGAAUCCCAGAUUCUUGCAUGGUGAAUACACAGUGGAGGUGGCCAUCAACGAUUACCUGGACAUCUACUGUCCACACUACGAGGACCAUCUUCCUCAGGAGCGCAUGGAACGCUACAUCCUUUUCAUGGUCAACUAUGAUGGCUACACCACAUGCAACCACCACAUGAAAGGCUUCAAGCGCUGGGAAUGCAACCGCCCAAUGAGUCCGAAUGGGCCCCUCAAGUUCUCAGAGAAGUUCCAGCUGUUCACACCCUUCUCUCUGGGCUUCGAGUUCCGCCCAGGCCAUGAAUACUACUACAUCUCCUCACCACACCCCAACCUCGGUGGGAAGCCAUGUUUAAAGCUGAAGGUGUACGUCAAGCCUAUGAAUGACUCUCUGUACGAGUCUCCAGAGCCGUUCCUGACAGACGACUCCAGCGGUGGUUGGGCAUUAACGGCCAGUCUGUGGCUCAUGCUUCCGCUGCUUCUGCUCCUGUGCCCCUCAUAGCAUCAUAACCCUCUGAGCCUGACCACACCCACCCAACCUGCCCCGCCCCAUCAUGCAUCACAAUGACAUGUCCCGCCCCUUCAGUUCUGGAGUCCAGCCAACAGACAUUGAUAUGGAUUUUUACCCAGCCUGCAGCCCUGCAGGACAUCUGCUAACCAACAGUAAUUUGCAUUUACAAUUAUGCUCCGCCCAAAUUCCCAAAUUUGGGCAUUCCUGCAUAGGCGCUCUUGCUCGACUGACAAAAGACGUGAAUUGGCCAACUUUUUUGUGAGCGCUCUACUUUUCUGCCAACAUCCCACCAUCAUCUGCGUGUCAGGAGACAGAUUCAACCGACUGCCAUCUGAAUGGCUCUGUU